AUGCUUGGCGUUUUGUCUGUGUUUCAGCACGAUGAGGGCGCUAACUGCGGCAACCUCGGCUCCAAUGGCGGUAAAGGCAGGUACCUGAUGUUUCCUUACGCCACAGACGGGGCGCGUGAAAACAACGAUAAAUUCUCACCCUGCAGCAUCAAACACGUUAGCAACAUCCUGAAGCUGAAGAAAGAUGACUGCUUCACGGUCAGUGAUCAGCCCAUCUGUGGAAACCAGAUCAUAGAGGAAGGUGAGGAGUGUGAUGUCGGUAACAAAGAUGCAGAUCUCUGCUGCUACAGUGCUAAAGAGCCUGUAGGAAUCCAGUGUCACCUCAAGCCUCGUAAAAUCUGCAG